UCUAGGGCCUAAGGGAGUCCAUAGCAGAGCAUAGACCUCUGAUAGCACGGCUGUGCUCGCUGGGGAAGCGUCUGUCAGAGCUUAGCCCCGCCCAGGGGGAGGAAUUUUGUCAUAGCGCCACAGAGGCUGAGGAGCAGCACAGGGCCAUCAGAGACAGGGUCAGAGAGGCUGCCAAUCUACUGGAAGAGUCCCUUCCCAGAUACACACAGUUGAAUGAGAGGAUGACGCUGAUUAGAGAGAGUCUGGAUCGUCUGCUUGGCCACAUGCAGUCCCCAGCAUCUCUGCAGGGCCGGACUCCACGCAUCCAGGAGCAGCUACAGGACAACAAGCAUACCCUGGCUGAGCUCUCCAAGCUGGAGCUAGGCCUGGGGAGUGUCCGUACCCAGGCUGACGAGCUCCUGGCCAACACACAGGCAGCUGGGGACGCCUCCAUCGGCACAGCGAUCCAGGAGCGGGUGUCCAGCCUGUGCCAGCUGUGGGAGGAGGCUCAGAGGCAGGCUCAGGAGAGAGAUGGCUGGCUGCUCAACCUGCUGGACCUGGCCCUCAAGUUCUGGAGCGAUGUUAGUGACGUGACGGUCGGCCUGAACGAUGCCCAACAGGCUGUCCUGGACCUGAACGCCAGUAGGACAGACUCAGAGACCAUCCGCCAGAGCCUGGAGACCAUGCAGACACUCAGGGAGGACAUCGACAGUCUACAGGGGGACCUGGACACGCUUGGCAUUCUGGGAAUGGACUUGAUGUCAGCAUGUGGGGAUACAGACAAACCUGAUGUCACCAAGAGCUUAGAUGAGCUCUACUGCACAUGGAACAACCUGAGUAAACUCUGGAGCGAGUGUCACAAAAAGCUGGAGGAAUCCUUACAGAUGGCUCUACAUUACCAGGACACCAUGCAGGGGCUUUUCGAGUGGCUCAAGUCAGCAGAGCUGAGAUCAACAGAGGAGUUCUUUGUAGGAACUGACCUGGAGUCAGUCAAAGAGCAGUUGUGUGAUCUCAAGGAGUUUAAACGGGAGCUAUACCAGAAGAAGAUCGAGAUCGAGAGCCUGAAUCACCGUUUUGUGUGCAGGCUGUCUCCAGGCUCUGAGCGUCCCGGCUCUGUCUCUCCCCUGUGUGACUUCAGACAGCGCUGGGACAGCCUGGAGGCAGAAACCGUCAGCAGACAGCAUCAGCUGGAGUGUGCCCUGCUGGGUCUGGGUCAGUUCCAGAACACUCUGGAUGAGCUGCACACCUGGCUCUCCCACACAGCCGACCUCCUCCAGGGCAGUCGGCCAAUCAGCAUCGACCUGCAGGCCUGCGAGAUAGAGCUGGCCAAACACAAGGUGCUGCGUAAUGACGUCAUGUCCCACGUGCGUACGGUGGAGUCUCUGAACCAGGCGGGGCGGGGCCUGUUGGAUCCGGGGACUGGGGACAGCCCUCACGGUCUGCAGCCGCGGCUGGAGCAGCUGAACGAACGCUGGGAGUUUGUCCGCUGUGAGACAGAGCGCAGACAGCUAGAGCUGGAGAACAACCUCAGUCAGGUCCAAGAUGUUACCAUGGAGAUCCAGGACCUUCUUCAGUGGUUGGAGAACACAGACCUGAGGCUGUCCUCCAGUAAGACAAUGUGGGGGAUGCCUGACUCUGCCAGCGAGAGGCUCAACGCACACCUG